UCUCACAGACACAGUGAGUCAAUAGAGCUGAGCAGCAGUUCAACUCUUGAGUUUGCAGCGGUGUGUGUUUGUGCAACAAUGAACUUCACAUGGACUUUAUUUGUUCUCUCAUGCUUCCUCUCGUACACAUAUUCUCACUUGACCAACACUGAGGUCCAACGAGGAGCAGAAGCUUCUCUCUGUUGUGCCGUUCCUCCUUUACUUUUUCCUGUUCACAUAUCUUGGUUCCACAUGAACGACGACACAACUCAGAUCUGCUCAAUGUUAGAUUCAAAAAGUAAAGUUACAUUCUACAGCGGUGCGCACAAAGAGAAAUACACAAUGACAUUAAAUAAUUCAAUCACAUGUCUCACAAUCCAGAAAGUGGAUUAUUCUGACUCUGGAUUGUACUUCUGUGGUGAAAAAAUGAACAAUAAAUCUGUCAUCUUUACGGCGGUGGUUUUAAAAAUUCAAGUAGAAAACAACACCAAACUAUUCAACCCAGUCAUUAUUCCAGUCAUGUCUGGUGUAAUUGUUCUUCUCGUCUUGCUUGUUGGUGGCCUUAUUCUUAAAAUUCAUCAACUAUCAAAAGGGUACAUUCCCAAAAGAGAAGAAGACCAAGAAGAUAAUAAGAAUUUUGAAUCCACUGAACUGACGUAUGCCAAAAUCAAUUUCCGAACAAAGAGGACUUUGAACAAAGAGCUACAACCCAAUGUGUUGUACGAAGCCACGAGAUAAACUCACCAUGAACAGCCACUUCUGUCUAAACAAUAAUACUGUUUUUUAUUGUUUUUUUGUGUGUGUGUGUGUGUGUGUGUGUGUGUGUGUGUGUGUGUGUGUGUGUGUGUGUGUGUGUGUGUGUGUGUGUGUGUGUGUGUGUGUGUGUGUGUGUGUGUGUGUGUGUUAUCAUCAGGCAUAAAUUGAAGCACAGUGCUGGUGGUUCAGAGCAGGUUUCGGUGCGAGUCGCGUGACCAGCGACAUGUGGAAAAAACAAAGCCACAGCACAUAAAUAAUUCUGUCUAACCACAGUGCACUUGAUUUUAAACUUGCCUCAAAUAAA